UGCUCCCUCCGUGAAUGACUAAACAGGUCAGCUCUGCGUUGAACUCUGCUGCUCUUCUGCUGUCAGUGUGGGACUCACAUCAGUCUGCAGUAUGGACCGAGGACAACGCUGAGGAACCGCAUCCAUGCUGUCAGGACUUUAUCGGGAAUAUCUUCUUUUAACUUGGAGACUUGGUGUAAGAACAGGAGUUUUUUACACAGUGUGAACUUCUUUGAGGUUCACACUAACACUGGAUCUCGGGGAAUACGACAGAGAAGACUGCGAGUGUUGACUUGAAGGCUGAGGAUGGGGAGCAGGGGACAGUACCGGUACCACUGGCAGAGCCACAAUGUCAAACUCAGCGGAGUGGAUGACAUGGUGCUGCUCAGCAAGAUCAAUGAGGACGCCAUCGUGGACAACCUCAAAAAGAGAUAUAUGGACGACUACAUCUUUACAUAUAUCGGACCUGUGCUCAUUUCUGUCAACCCAUUCAAACAGAUGCCGUACUUUGGUGAAAAAGAAAUCGAAAUGUAUCAAGGCGCUGCUCAGUAUGAGAACCCUCCUCACAUCUACGCCCUGGCGGACAACAUGUACAGAAACAUGAUGAUUGAUAGUGAGAACCAGUGUGUCAUCAUCAGUGGAGAGAGCGGAGCAGGAAAGACUGUGGCAGCCAAAUAUAUCAUGGGCUACAUCUCAAGAGUGUCGGGGGGUGGACCCAAAGUCCAGCACGUCAAAGACAUCAUCCUGCAGUCCAACCCUCUGCUGGAGGCUUUCGGCAACGCCAAGACUGUGAGGAACAACAACUCCAGCAGAUUUGGAAAAUACUUUGAGAUCCAGUUCAGCUCUGGGGGCGAACCAGACGGAGGGAAAAUCUCCAACUUCCUCUUGGAGAAGUCUCGUGUCGUCAUGAGGAAUCCUGGAGAGAGGAGUUUCCAUAUAUUCUACCAGUUGAUAGAAGGAGCCAGUGGAGAGCAGAAGAACAGUUUGGGAAUCACAAGCCUGGAUUACUACACUUACCUCAAUCAGUCUGGUUCCUACAAGGUGGAUGACAUCAACGACAAGAGCGACUUCCAGGAGACGAUGCAUGCGAUGGAUGUGAUUGGCAUCACAGCGGAGGACCGCUCUAUGGUGCUUCAGAUUGUGGCUGGAGUCCUGCACCUGGGAAAUAUUAGUUUCAAGGAAGCAGGCAACUAUGCUGCUGUGGAGAGUGAAGAGUUCCUAGCCUUUCCUGCUUUUCUCCUUGGAAUCGACCAGAAUCGUCUGAAGGAGAAACUGACAAGCAGGAAGAUGGACAGUAAAUGGGGAAAUGCAAAGGAGUCCAUUGACGUCACCCUGAACGUGGAGCAGGCGUGUUACACGCGUGAUGCCCUCUCCAAAGCCCUGCAUUCACGGGUGUUUGACUUCCUUGUUGAGUCCAUCAACAAAGCCAUGGUAAAAGAUCAUCAGGAGUUUAAUAUCGGAGUACUGGACAUUUAUGGAUUUGAAAUUUUCCAAAAAAAUGGAUUUGAACAGUUCUGCAUCAACUUUGUGAACGAGAAACUGCAGCAGAUCUUCAUUGAGCUGACUCUGAAGGCAGAGCAGGAGGAGUAUGUGCAGGAGGGCAUCAAGUGGACUCCGAUUGAAUACUUCAACAACAAGAUCGUCUGUGAUCUCAUCGAGAGCAAAAAUCCUCCUGGCAUCAUGAGCAUCCUGGACGAUGUGUGCGCUACCAUGCACGCUGUUGGCGAAGGAGCCGACCAGACCAUGCUGCAGAAGCUCCGAGUCCAGAUCAACACCCAUGAGCACUUCAACAGCUGGAAUCAGGGCUUCAUCAUCCACCACUAUGCUGGCAAGGUGUCUUAUGAUGCUGAGGGUUUCUGUGAGAGGAACCGAGACGUCCUUUUUACUGACCUCAUUGAGCUGAUGCAGAGCAGUGAAAUUGCUUUCAUCAGAGCACUGUUUCCAGAAAACCUCAACGCUGACAAGAAGGGUCGACCCACAACAGCAGGCAGCAAAAUAAAGAAACAAGCCAAUGAUCUGGUGAGCACACUGAUGAAAUGCACUCCGCACUACAUCCGCUGCAUCAAACCAAAUGAAACCAAGAAACCCAGAGACUGGGAGGAGAGCCGAGUAAAGCACCAAGUGGAGUACCUGGGUCUGAAGGAAAACAUCAGGGUAAGGCGUGCUGGCUACGCCUACCGCAGAGUCUUCAGGAAGUUCCUAAACAGGUAUGCCAUCCUGACCAAAGAGUCCUGGCCAACGUGGCGAGGAGAUGAGAAGCAAGGUGUUGUCCAUCUCUUACGGUCUGUCAACAUGGACCAGGAUCAGUUCCAGCUCGGUCGCAGCAAAAUCUUCAUCAAAGCCCCAGAGUCGCUCUUUCUGCUUGAAGAGACAAGAGAGAGAAAGUUUGAUGGCUACGCCAGGACUAUCCAGAAAGCCUGGAGGAAAUACGUAGCUCGCAAGAAGUACGUCCAGAUGAGAGAAGAAGCUUCUGACUUGCUGUUGAACCGUAAGGAGAGGCGGCGACACAGCCUCAACAGAAACUUUGUGGGAGACUACCUGGGGAUGGACGACCGACCGGAGCUCCGACAAUUCCUGGCUAAGAGAGAGAAGAUUGACUUUGCAGACAAAGUCACAAAAUAUGACCGCCGCUUCAAGGGGAUUAAGAGAGAUCUGAUCCUGACCCCGAAGUCUGUGUACCUGAUUGGAAGAGAAAAGGUAAAACAGGGACCAGACAAAGGCCAGGUGACAGAAGUGCUGAAAAGGCGGAUUGAUGUGGAGAAGAUCCUGGCAGUUUCUCUAAGCACAAUGCAAGAUGACUUCAUGAUCUUGCAUGAGCAGGAGUAUGACAGCCUGCUGGACUGCAUCUUUAAGACAGAGUUUAUCAGCUUACUGGCUCGUAGGUUUGAAGAGAAAACCCAGAGGAAGCUACCACUCAAGUUUAGUAACACACUGGAGAUGAAGUUAAAGAAGGAGAACUGGGGCUUCCUGAGUGGGGGUGGCUCUCGGCAGGUAGUGUUUGUCCAGGGUCAGGGAGACAUGCCCGUACUGAAGCCCUCCAGCAAAUCUCUGCAGGUCAGCAUCGGCCCCGGGCUGCCGAAGAACACACGUCCUUCCAAAAAGAAUUUCUCUCAGGGUCGCUCAAAGGCAUCCAGAACUCACCAGAACAUCCCCUCUCGAGCUGCACCGGGACCUCCAGUUGCUCACCAGAACGGGGGCCUUAAGAACACAAAUCACUUAGCCAAUCAGAGGAACUCGCAGCAUCACAGCCAAAGGCAUCCCUCAGCCAGCAACGGGACACGCCCCAUCCUGCCCAGCAACAUCAACCAGGUGAAGGAGCGAGGAGGCAACCGGCCGCAGCCCAACCUGGACUGUCUGAAAGUCCCUGAACAAGGAGCUGCAGGUAAUGGAGACAGACGGCCAACUUCAAAUGGAGGAAUGGCUCACAGACCAUCAGUCACGAGGCCUCCACCUGGAGGAGGACGACCUAAACCUGCACCCAAACCCAAACCCCAGGUGCCCCAGUGCAAAGCUCUGUAUGCCUACGAUGCUCAGGACACAGACGAGCUCAGCUUCAAUGCUGACGACGUUAUCGACAUCAUCAAAGAGGAUGCAUCCGGAUGGUGGACAGGACGACUACGGGGAAAGCAGGGACUUUUCCCAAAUAACUAUGUCACCAAGAUUUGAAAGCUGCCGGGUCACAGAUGCACAAGGAGGAGGUGAGAGAGGUGGCUGCAUCCCUCGCUGACCCUUUCAGAGGAUGGGACGGAGCACACAGAUGGAGAGAGAAGUGCUGUGAGAUCCCUCGAGAAGAGAAACUCACACUUUCUCCAUCACUGCCUUUGAAGUAAAUGAAUGUAACUCCAUCACACCACAAGACCGUCAGGCUCUGCUUUAAAGACAAGGAGACUGUUUGAUCCCGGGGUCUGUCCCUCAGAGUACUGAACAAAACUAUUUAUUGUAUUUAUAGCUUUCUGUGUUCUCCUUACCGUCUUUUAUAUCUUGCUGAGGAUUUUUGAAGCGCUGGAAAUGAAGUAUGCUUUAUCUGUGGGACCAGGCUGUGAUUUUUCCUCUCAGUGUAUCUUUUUUUAAGAUGAAGGUGUGAUAUUUAUUUUGGUGCAACAUCUUCAGGGGACAGACUUUAAGAAAAUCACCCCACUGUGAUUUUAUAGUGAUUUUAAAUACCAAAGCAAUAUCAGUUUUAAUAAGCCUGUUCCACAUGUUCAAAAAUUUGAAUCAACCAGCUGGAAAUGAGCUUUUUUGUCAUCUUGUUUUUCUAUCUUUUUAGUAUAUUUUCUUCACAGAGUAGAGGCCAUGUAUACUGUAUCCUGAGCAUGCUGUCUGUGGUGUAUUAGCACUUUAUCGGUACAGGUACUACCUUAGACACAGACACCGUCACUCGUUCAUGCCACAGCCAGUAAGUCAAGUCUAUGAAGGACAGGUUGCCAAGCUAGCAAUAUCCAGAGUUACUGAGGAGAAUAAUUUGUUUACAUGUAAUGAUAAAACAGGCAUUUUUUUAGAUUUGAUUCUGUAUAUGUGUUCAUAUUGAGGAGUACGCCUGUUUCUUACAGUUUAAAUUAAUUGUUUUGUACUUGUUUCUUUGCUUUUGUUCCUCACAGGGCUGUAUUAUUUCCACUUCAGCUUCAUAAUUAUGGUUAUCACAAACUAGGGUGAAUGGAUUUUUGUUUUGUCAAAUGUUGUUUUAUGGUGAAAGAUAUUUGUUUGACAUUUUUCCAUGGCACUACCAAGGAUUUCUUUUCGCUUCUGCUUGACUGUUUCUGCACAUCUUUUGCACUGCUGUUGCAUUACUUACACAUUCCUUUAUUUUUGAAAGAAAAGAAAAAUUCACGUUAUGCUCCAUUCAAUAAAAACAGCUGGGACUUUUGUCAUAAAUCUUCUCAGAAAUAGCUUGAUCUUGGAUGGCUGACAGCAUCCUUGUGCAAUACAAAACAGUAAAAUUUAAUAAAGCAUGUAAUAUUGUGUAUUUAACUGCUUUUUGUUUUAUUUUCAGACAACUCAUUCAAUAAACAAUGAACAAUG